AUGGAUAAUAUACUGGAUGGUGCGGGGAAUGACACGGGAAUAUGUUCCAAGUUGGGCAAUAACAUGGACUUCGAAAAAGAGUUAUGUAAAAUUCUAUUACGAAUAUACUUUUGGAUGGAUGGAUUCGAGCAAAAGCACGAAGCGGGGAUGAAAAACAGCACAGGGUACUUCCAAUGGAAGGAAAGAGAGAAAAAGGAGAAUGAAACAGAGGAAGAGUGGAAGUUGCAACUUUAUUAUAGGUGUCUUCUAGGAAGAAUAACCAUGAUGAGCAUGUUAGGAACGCAUUGCAGUAUGGAAAAGGUAUUACCAAUAGUUGAAGGUGGUGUGGUCGAUUGGAGAAAAAGUCAUGGUAGGAGUCCUGGAAGUGGGAAUGAAUUAUGUAAAGGGGUGGAUCUCCAGAGUUUAAAAUUGGGAAAGGGGUUAAUUUGGGAAAAGUAUUUUGCCUUUCUUGGUAAGAGAAGAAAACGUUACAGAAGAGCUUAUCAAGUGCGUGGUCUAACCUUACAGGAACAAAUUAUGUACCACGUGGACCAGGAUGGUACCCAUGGAUAUACUUUAGUAAAGGAACGCAAACCUCGUUCUAUGCCUAUAAAAAGGAGAAAAAAACGGGGCGUUCGUCAUCGUCCUGGUCGCCGUGGUGGUGUACGUCGUCGCAUGAUUAUUGAUAUUCAUUUAGAAGUCUUAAACGAAUGUCAAAGGGAAAACCUGCAUUCGACGAAGGAAGACUUUUUUGAAAUUUUGGUUCAAGAAUUCAUGGGAAGAGAAUUCAUGAAAGAAGAAAAGCUUCCUAAGGAACAGAUUCCAAGUUCAGAUUCCGGGUUUAGGGAAGGAAGACUUUCUUCCUGA